AAGUCUCUUAGACAGCUGCAGCAGGUGUCGCUAUAUAGACAUUAAGGCUUUCACAAGACUGGUAAACCCCAUCGGGGAGAACACGGCUUCCUGGGUGUAGCUCCCCUUAGGUCAGGCUGACGUUAUUCUGUCUGGACUUGUUCUCCAUUUCUUCAGGAGCUGAACAGAAAGAAGACGGAGAGCAAAGACUGGGAGAAGCAGAUGGCCGCACGUGCUCAGUUUCAUCCUUCAACUGCCUCCUGAGCUGUGAUAGGAAGAGAGCUGCAGAAGAAAGGACACACCUGGCCUCAGUCAUAUACCUGUGGUCCAGUGUGACAGUAAAACAUGAAUAACUUUGAAAUAAUUCGGAUGAUCGGGGAAGGAGCAUUUGGAAAGGCUUUUCUGGCUAAAGGAAAAAAUGACAACAUCCCAUGUGUGAUCAAAGAAGUGAAUCUCUCCAAGAUGGCCAGGAAGGAGAAAGAGGCGUCCCACAAGGAGGUUACCCUCCUGGCUAAGAUGAAUCACCCAAAUAUUGUAAAAUUUUUCGCAUCAGUAGAAGAGAAUAAUAAUCUGUACAUUGUGAUGGAGUACUGUGAUGGAGGAGACCUGAUGAAGAGGAUUGACCAGCAGAGGGGUGUUCUGUUUAAUGAAGACCAGAUCCUUAACUGGUUUGUGCAGAUUUCUCUGGGUCUGAAACACAUCCAUGACCGCAAAGUCCUCCAUCGUGACAUUAAAGCACAGAACAUCUUUCUGGCUAAUAAUGGAACAUUGCCCAAGCUGGGAGACUUUGGUAUAGCAAGGAUGCUGAACAACACAAUGGAGCUGGCACGGACAUGUGUAGGGACUCCAUACUAUCUCUCUCCAGAAAUCUGCGAAAACCGCCCCUAUAACAACAAAACGGAUAUCUGGUCUCUCGGAUGUGUGCUGUAUGAACUUUGUACCCUCAAACAUCCAUUUGAAGAGAACAACCUAAAGCAACUGGUGUUGAGAAUCUGCCGGGGUCGUUAUGAGCCGCUCUCUCCAAAAUAUUCAUAUGAUCUGAGGGCAUUAAUCUCUCAACUCUUUAAAAUAUCUCCACGAGACAGGCCAUCUAUCACCUCCAUAUUAAAGAAGCCUUUUCUAGAAAGGCGCAUACCCCAUUUCUUGAGUCCAAAGUUGAUGGAAGAUGAGUUCAGCCAUACUGUGCUACACCGGAAGAAGCCUUCACCAACUAAACAUGUGCAGGGGCCAGUAACACCUAAACAACCACCAGCUGCAAGACAUGAAAAGAACAGAAUUCAGGAAUUUCAUCCUCCAAGAAAUAAAGUAGUGAAUCCACCGUGGCGUGCAGAAUAUCCUCGCAGAAAUGAAUGGAAGCCCCCUCCACAUCUUCAACACCAAAAUCAUGGCAAGAACUGGGAUCACUGGGUGGAAGAGAAGCAAUCACCUGGAAGGAUACAUGGACAUUAUGAACAUUAUUAUGCCAGACUUAACAACAUACAGCAAAGACCCUAUGAGUAUCAAGGCAACUAUGGACCACAUGGAAACCAAAGAGCCGAUUCCCCGCAACAGUGGAAUGACUAUCUACAGAGGAAACAGGAGGCAGAACGGAUUAAGAUAAAGGUUGAAAAACAAAUGGGGCUCCGUCCUUCCUCUGCCGAUCAUUAUGGUAAACAUAUUCCAGUUUCAAGAGUGGACGUGCGGGUUGACUAUCCAGUCAGACAUGCUAGAGACCAGGAGGAACAUCUCAGACAACUUGAAGUCAUCCGCCAGCAAUAUCACAAUGAAGUUAGAGAAAUAAAAUUGAAAGCCGGUGCACACCAGGAAUCUCCUAAAGUAACAGAUGGGACAUAUCUUGUAAAACCAGGAAACAAGGGAAGACCAUCUCCUACAGACCGGCCAGAUGGCGAAAAGUCAACUGAGGAGAUCCAACUAAAUUUCAGUGAUAUCAUCAUGCAAAACCGGAAAGAGAGAAAAGCAUUGGAAGAAAAGUAUAAAGUAAAGGGUGGAAUAAGAUUUGAAAUUAAUGACAUCACUGAAGAGAUUCAGAUAGACGGUCCCACCACAGACCACCAAAACAGACAAAAUGAAGAGGAAAAUGAUCCUCUCAACGACACGUUAACCUUUGAUCAUGGAGAAUUAGAGGGCGCCAACUGGCACAAGAUCUAUCUGGAUCAAGAUCACAGAAAUCUAGACCAUAUGUCAGUGAAUUACCGGAAACACUGGACCUCCAAAGAGCCUCACACACUUUUUGAGAAUCUAAGAGCUCUUGGCAGCACACCAGGGUAUGAUACCAUGGGUGACACCGUGUGGGAUGGGGAAGUCUGUCCCCCGGCCUUGGCAGAAGAUGAUGAUCCAUCAGGAAACAGGAGACUUUGGAGACAUGAGACACCUCAAACCUUGAUGAGAGCUUUGGAAGGAGCAGAUAUGGAAGACUCCAUUGUGGCUAAAGAAUUCCAAGGUGGAACGCUGAAUCAAUGGCCUCCAGCCACUAAGGAAGACAUGGCAUCUGAUGAUUUGGAUGAAGACCGUUUUGAGCCACGAUCUGAUGAUGAAGACACCACCUUUGAGGACUCUGAAGAUGACCUAGAAGUCAUAGAGAUGAUGGAAAAGGUUCUAACAGCCAGAGAUGAUAAAGAUGACGUUGGAGUGGAUGAAGUUAGAAAGGAGACCUGUAGCGACAAAACUUCUGUGGAAAGGACCAGUCAAAAUGUAUAAAGACGAGAUAACAAAAGAGACAGCCAUGGUGUCCAGUCAACAAUGGAAAAAGCAGAAGUUAAUGAGAAACCUCAGGACUCCUCUCUGACCAUGGAGAAUAAUCAGGGUCCAGUCAGGGUCCAGUCAGGGUCCAAUCUGAACUCUACUCAUAAGAUUCCCGAUACAUCAAAUCCUGUCUGAAAGGCCUCUUUUGCACACAAACGUUAUGCAUUCGUUCCGUGCAUUGGGGACCGCAAUUCGCGGUCCCCAAUGCACGGGCAACGUCCGCGCGGUGGCCGGGACGAAUAGAGACCGUGAUCCGUCCCCACCGGAAAAAAAUAGAACAAGAGAGAAACACCAUGGAAGCACUCCAUAGUGCGUGGGGUUCCGAUCCAUGCUUCCGUUCCGCAUCUCCGUGAUUGCGGGCCCAUUCUAGUGAAAUACGGCCACGGGCACACAACGUUCGUGUGCAAGAGGCCUAAGGGGGCUGGACAGUCUCCUAUUGGUUCUGUAGAAUAGAUACGGAAAUGGGCUUUCCUGUGCCUCUAGAGUCAAACAUCAUCCGCGGAUAAGAAACAUAGCCGAUAAGGAGGAGAAAAUUCACCUCUGAACAUUCUUUUACAAAUUAUAUAUAGAAUCAGAAAUAAUUGAGUAACUUGAGUUCAGGGACUAUAGGAGUACAAUAGAGGGCUCCAUGCACCCCUUUGCCAGCCUUUUUUAGACUCCACAAAUAAUACAGCCAUAAUACAACUGGGUAUAUGAGCCCUUAAAAGAUGACCAUACACAUUAGAGCAAUGGGCCAAUUCACGUGUCCAAUUUUCCUCAUGGACCGUCAGUCCGUACAGAGGAGAUUGCAGCAGACUUUGCUUUGGUCCGAUUUUCUCUGAAGACCUGUCCAUUCAAGUGAACGGGUCCAUGAGAAAAUGACCUAGUAUAUGGACACAUCUGUGAGUGGAUGUAUUCAAACAUUCUCUGUUUUUAGAGGCUGGAGCAUGGAUGAGUUUUAGAUGACGUAUCUUAAUAUAGUUGGCCAACAGUUAUCUCUACCAGCUACCCCAAUACACAUGCAUGUUCGGUUCAGCCAAAUGUGUAUGUGUAUUCAGUAGGGAGAGAUGAAAAAGCCACUGCCAAAUGCUUCUGACAGCGGCGCAUCUCCUGGGAGAACAUCAGGACACAUAUUCACUUCACCUGAUCUUUCUCUCCAUCAUCAUCAUCAUCAUCUACUGGGGGAGAAUCGGGAGAUCCCCGUACAUAUUAAACUGCCUUUCUCGCCGAGUUCAGCUCAUAAUGCACUAUUGUGUAUGGGGGCCUAUAGGCUAAUUUCAGACAUCCGUGCGGCAGCAACAACACCCGGACCCCCGGUGGUUCUGCUGAACUCAGGCUCUGUUCACACUACCAUUGUAGAUUCACAAAGCUCUGCCAAAUCCAUUGUUCAGCAGAUACCAUCUGUAUCUGACUGGCCAUUUGUACUUAUAUUUGGAUGCAUCAGGUCCAUGUAGCAGGACCAUUCCCCAAAGUCAGAUGAACUGGAAAGGAUCGUCCAUGUUGGAUUUCAACAGGUGUCUGUCUCUAGUAUCAACCAGCAGAAUUGCGAAUUCAGCUCUGCAGUAUAUAACACAGGCCAUAACUCAGGAUCAGUACAAGAUGCAAAGUUACUUACCUUUUUUAUAUGUAAACUAUAAAAUGGUGUUCAACAGUGGACAAAUGCUAAGGUACAGUAUAACUUCCGCAUAUGUGAUAUUUGCUAUAUUACUCUCAACCAUCUAUUGCCAUGCCACCUAUUUUUUGUUUGCACAUCAGCAAUGGACUUGAGGAAAACAAAAAUAUAAUGAUGGAUGCCUUUUUGGUUUGGAAGCUACAUGGUCAAACCUCAGGCCUUGGCUGCCUGGUCAUCUGAGGCUUCUGUAUUUUAUGUAGAUGGGGUCAGUGAACAUACCGCUGCCUUCAUUGUAUAAUGUAUAGUGUCUAUGGGAAAACUGUAAACCUCUUUCUAUUAUAUAAUCACGCUAAUACCAUUAGCGGUUCACAAAAGAAGGUUAUUGGUGUAAAAAAAAGCACAUAUUUACUACAUGUAACUUCACCUGCAGAAUUCCUUAAAGGUUCCUGGGGGGUGCACACAUGCACUGUUAUCACUGAUCAUUAAAGGAGUUGUCUCAGCAGAGACAUUGGCAUAGUAUUAGGCAUGGUUGGCCCACUGUCAAUCAAGUGGCUGACUGAUGUGGAUUGGACUAUGAGAUCUCUCGUCUCAGGUCUGUGUAGAGAUGGAAACUCCUGGUUUUUAUCUUAUAUGUGCUAUUCUGUGCUAAUAUAAUCUCAAUGUUCAAAAUAAUGUAAUGUUAAUGUGUCUUUACAAUACCUGACCUGUGAACACUGUAGGUUCAUGCAAUAUGUUGCAGUGAUGUGCUAUUAGUAUUUUGUAUCAUUUAAAUGUUACCGAUCAUACAAACGUGUGUACUCUUGUGCUAAAGCUGCUCAUAUUGGGAGGAUUACCUAGAUGGCAGCUUAAAGGGGUUGUCACAGUUAUAUAAAAAAAAAUAUAUAUAUAUUGCACUGUAAAUCUGAUAGUAAGCAAUAUAUAAAUAAGCUAAGCAAGUUUUGGGCAAAAAAAAUGUAUUUCCUCAUUUUCUUCUUGCCCUUUGUUUACCAGCAAUAACAACAAUCUCUGCCCCUCCCCCUGCUCUGCAAAGGGAGUGAAUACAAGUGCUGCCCUGAGUGACAUGUCUGGCUGCUGGGAUCCUUAGCAGCAUGUUGUAUGUGUCAGACUGCAAGUCCCAGCUGUACAAUGACACUGCUGAUACACACAGGAUCUUCACCCUACUACUUGUUCUUGUGCAAUUCUCUGCAGAACUCCUCCAGUCUGUCAGCUUUGUGCCUGCAGGACGAGAAGGGAAGAUCCCGUACCCAGCAUUUGUCUCUUCACUGCCUGCAGCUGCUCAGCAAAGUCUCAAGCCCUGAGUCUGUGCUACUGAUGGUAGAAGGGGUUAAACUUUCCUGAAGAAUCCAGUGGGAGGGAGACACAGUGGGAGAGAGCAGCAGCUCAGCCAGUGCAGGGGGCAAGGCCAGCACAGUGAAGUCUGGUGCACAGACACAGACCUGCUCCCCAGGCUUGUGUACAAAACAUCUUUAGAGCAGCGAGAGAAUAUCCCACUGCUCAUGAUAACAUAAGUAAAAAAAAGAAAGGGAAAAGUCCAUUAAAACAGGGAAAUAUUGCCCCAGGCUAAUUAAUCAUGUACAAGAAAUGCAUGAGGGGAUCCAGAUUGUCUGAAGUUUUCUGGUAUAGAGUUUGUACCCAACCCCCUGCAAGGAGGUGAUAGACACCUCCUACUUCUGCAAAAAGAAGCAAGGUGGAUAAUCCGCACCAGGGCUUUAGGUCCACUGGGUCUGAAUUAUAAAAAUGACCUGGGCGUAUUCCUUUGAUAAUUGCGCAUAUUGAUACAUUGCUUGUUUUUAACAGUUUUUAUAUAAAUGAGUUGUUAUAACGAAACAUGACGUAAAAAAUCUGUAUGUUAUAUCUCCAUGGCAAUUAUGCCAGGAAAUAUAAAUGAGCACUUUGAUGUAAUCACGUCAGUGGCCAGAAGAAGCGCAAUUAGCGCCAAAUGGGUAUCGCUACUCUGAGCUGCAGGAAAGAUUGUCCGCCCCUGCCAUUUAUGUAUUGUCUGCUGUAGACUAAUAAAGGAAUUGUUUUCUACUAAUGGUAAA